AUGUCCGGCGUUUCCAUCGACUUAACUGCCCCGAAUGGGCGCAAGUACACUCAGCCGAUCGGCUUGUUCAUCAACAAUGAGUUCGUGGCGUCCAAGUCGGGAGAGAAGCUGGCGAGCAUUAACCCAGCGGACGAGGCUGAGAUUGCUUCUGUCUACGCGGCGGGCGCUGACGACGUCGACCUGGCCGUCGAGGCGGCUCAGAAGGCUUUCAAGCAUCCCUCGUGGAAGCAGCUGCCUGGUACAGAUCGUGGUGCUUUGCUUUACAAGCUGGCAGACCUGGUCGAAAAGCACGCUGAGACUCUGGCCACCAUCGAGACUUGGGAUAACGGUAAACCGUACUCGGUUUCCCUGAACGAUGACGUGGCCGGCGUGUUGGAUACCCUGCGGUACUACGCCGGGUGGGCGGACAAGAUCCACGGCCAGACUAUUGAGACGACCCCGACCAAGUUUGCGUACACGCUGCGCCAGCCGAUUGGCGUGGUCGGGCAGAUCAUCCCUUGGAACUUCCCCUUGCUCAUGGCUGCAUGGAAGCUGGGCCCCGCACUGGCGUGUGGCAACACGGUCGUGAUGAAGCCCGCCGAGCAGACUCCGCUCAGCAUCCUCUACCUGGCGAACCUGAUCAAGGAGGCCGGAUUCCCCCCGGGUGUGGUUAACAUCCUCAACGGCCACGGGCGGGUCGCGGGCGCUGCGAUUGUGCAGCACCCGGACAUUUCCAAGGUGGCCUUCACGGGAUCGACGAUGACGGGCCGCGAGAUCAUGAAGAUGGCAGCGGGCACGCUGAAGAACAUCACGCUUGAGACGGGCGGCAAGUCGCCGAUGCUGAUCUUUGCCGAUGCCGACAUCGACCAGGCGGCCAAGUGGGCGCACGAGGGCAUCAUGUACAACCAGGGCCAGGUGUGCUGCGCAACGUCGCGCAUCCUGGUGCACGAUUCGGUGUACGAUGAGUUUGUGCGGCUCUUCAAGGAGGUCGUUGCCUCGACCAGCAAGGUCGGCGACCCCUUCGCCGACGACACCUUCCAGGGCCCGCAGGUGACCAAGGCGCAGUACGAGCGCGUGCUGUCGUACAUUGAGAGUGGUAAGAGCGAGGGCGCGACCCUGGUUACGGGCGGCGAGCCGCACAAGAACGCUGCGGGUGGCAAGGGCUUCUACAUCGCCCCGACCAUCUUCGCCGACGUCAAGGACAACAUGCGCAUCUACCGCGAGGAAGUGUUCGGUCCCUUUGUCGUCGUCUCCAGCUUCACCGAGGAGGACGAAGCCAUCACCCGCGCCAACGACACGACGUACGGUCUCGGUGCCGCCGUCUUCACGCGCGACAUUGAGCGCGCCCAUCGCGUCGCCCAGGAGAUCGAGGCGGGCAUGGUCUGGAUCAACAGCAGCAACGACAGCGACUUCCGCGUUCCCUUUGGCGGCUUCAAGCAGAGCGGCAUCGGCCGCGAGCUGGGCGAGGCCGGCCUCGAGGCCUACUCGCAGACCAAGGCGAUUCACGUCAACCUGGGGAACAGGCGUUAG